CCCACCGCCGGAAGAAACACUCAUGUCAAACGAGCCAGGGUUAUGAAACAAUAACGUCAAAUCAACCAAAAUCAGAUACCUAGAAAAUCAGCAAUGCUGCUUGACUCAAGACUCUACAUACCAGACAACCAGGAUUUUUCUAAAUCUUGGCUGCAACCACUCGAACCGCUUAGGUAUCAACCUCCCGCAAUCUUCAAAACGUGCCCACAAGAGCCACAUUGACACCUUCUGUAUCUCAACACUACGCCCUCAGCCAGUGAUGGGGCUGAUUCAUGUAAGUAUCCUUUGGCCUCAUCCUCUGAAGGACCUGGUCCCUUCCAACUACCAAACAAUUGAUGAAUGUGUUGAGUUUUGUACGAAACAACAAGGCCCAUGAGUCUGGGGAUGAGUGUUUGUGUUAAGGCGGUGAAAUCAUCAUCUUCCUACACUGAUAUCGCAAUGACUAUCGACGAUGAGAAUGACGAUGGUAGCCACUGCUGCUGUGCCGAAUGGCAAUGAUUGCUGUGGUGAUGUUGCUACGGAGUUAUCUCGCAAAACGAUCUCGCAAAACACACACAAAUAAUAAACCUACACGGCAUAAUCAGCUAAUCUCUGAGCGCACAUUGCUCUUGUGGCCGAAUUGGUGAUUAACAGGAGCGCAUUUCAAUGCACUCCCACCGCAGCCAGGUUUUCCUUCCUAUAUAUAGACAGUGAGGCUCCGCACUCCAUUCUCCACUCGCUCCAUCUCCUCUUUGGUGGGCCGACACUCCCCACGUCUCUUCCGUACUCCUCAUAAUCGUCUCUCCAGGUCGCCGUGAUGGAGGUCACUCCUCGCCUGCUCAUUCUCCUCACCUGCCUGUUCGCCCUCUUGCUCACCCCAGGCCAUGCUUUGAAAUGUCAUGAGUGUAAUGGCGUCGAUCAAUGCAAGAAUUCGAAACCAAUGGAGUGUCCAGCUGACAAGGCCAUCCACUGCAUCACGGAUUUCAACGGAACCAGUGUAGCAAUCUCCAAAGGCUGUGAAACGUUCUGCCCCGAGGGAGUCUUCUGCUGCAGCAGAGAAGAAUGCAACAAGCGCUCCACUUUGCUCGAGUGCUUCAAUUGCACCGACCUCGCCUGCACUAAAAUGACGACAAAAUUGUGCAGCAAAGGUGGCCAUUAUUGCUAUUCGAGCCAAGUCGACGGGGAUCGCGUGUCCAGAGGCUGCAGAAAAGAAUGUCCAGAAGGUGUCAAUGUCACCUGCUGCCAGAAGGACCGCUGCAACAUCGAACCUGGCAAUAAGACAAGCGGCAACGGCGCAUCUGACAACCAAGCGAGCGGCAAUAGUCAACCUAGCAAGAGUCCAACUACCAACAAAGCAAGCGGCAAUGGCGCGCCUGGCAAAGGAGAUGGCAACAGCGCACCUGGCAUGUCGGCUUGCCUCCUGCAAGGCCUCGGGCUAUUUUCCAUGGCCACUAUGAUGCGCCUGCUUCAAGACUAAAAUGGCGCCCCUAGCAUGGCGGCCAUGACAGUGAUAGCAGACGCACGUGUAACGGAGCAUUAUUAUUGUACAACACACACAGAUCUUUUGUUUAGGCUUUUAGACUGUUAGGGCAGUUGCCUUUCUUGUGAUAAUACACAGGCAUGUGUAGGAUUUACAUAUAGGCUUUAUAUACUGUAUAUUCACGAGGUCUGUUUUCAUUGUUUGUAAGCCUCAACUCGAAGACAUGAUAGGAGCUCAAAUUGAGAACGUGUUUGGACAUAAUCUCCUCUUAGCCGACCGUGCUAAUCACCAACCGCACCAAUCAGCGUGGAGAGCCAUCCUCGAAUGCCUCGUUCAUUGGCCCCAUCUCGUUUGGAUUGUUUUCCUUUUCUUUCUGCAUAAUGUAUGUCGGUGGUUUCUUCGCCGCCAUUAAUGUGUCCAUUAGCAUAUUAUUUGCAUUGUAUUUUUAUACACGUUAAGUACUAUAAUUGGUGAUCACGCGCACUCUUACCUGACUGUUAUACCCAUCACAGUGCUCACCGUGUGACGGUGCACUGUGGGUCAAGUAAAAUUCCCGCAUUUUACGUCGUUAUUAUCUUUUAAAGUGAACAUCUGACUCGUCAAGUUAUAAUCAUGACACAAUGUACAGCCGUUUUAUCAGUCCACUGAUGAACGAAGGCCCCCCUACUCGCAAUGCUUUACCAACAUGUCAGUGCGGUUUGUGAAACUACACGUACAGCAUUAGAUAUAUAUUUUUUACACUGCUGUGUGAGAUAUGGAGCCAUCCCUUUCACAGUAUUGAAUCCCCAUCUUCUGCAGGGUAUUAAAUAGUGUAAAAGUGAUGGCUUUAAUACGUGUAUAUGGGUGACACAUACCUGUCAACCCCUUAUCAGUGCCUACCUUAUUACCGACCAAUUCAGACCUUAUUGCUCACCCCGUGCCCUUAUAAAUCUCAACGUUCAUCCUACAAAGUCCCAUCACAAGGGAUA